CACCUCACACUUGUCUCUGUCACUGACAGCUGCUGUUAUUUCACCUAGAUCCAAAAAUAAAUAGGAACUCCCGAAAUGCUCGAAGUCAUUGCCUUGAGCUUAGGGCUUGCCAUUGCCCUCUCAUACCUAGUAUUAGAGUUCCCCCGGCUGCAGCAACAAUGGCGGCUGAGGUCUCAUCGCUCACAGCUCCCACCAGGACCCAAAACCAUCAAGACGGGCAUCCGAAAGCCGUGGAUAUGGUUUCGCGAGCUGAACCAGCAGUACGGCGACGUGGUGUACCUCCAGAUGGGCCCGACGCCAACCAUCAUCCUGGGCUCGGCGCAGGCGGCCUGGGACCUGCUCGAGAAGCGCGGGGCCAUCUACUCGUCGCGGCCGCGCUUCAUCAUGGGCGGCGAGCUGCUGUCGGGCGGCAUGCGCGGCCUGAUGGCGCCGUACUCUGCGUUUUGGAGACGGUGGCGCAAGCUGCUGCACAGCGGCUUCAUGCAGCGCCAGAGCGAGAACUACCGCCCGAUUCAGAGUCUUGAGUCCAAGGUGCUCACGCAUGAGCUGUUGGUGGAUCCAAAGAACUACCGGACACACCUCGAACGGUAUGCUGCGUCGGUGGUUGUCACGGUGACGUACGGGCGCAGAGUCGAGGAUGUGCGGACGGAUGCGGUUGUCAAGAUAAAUGCCGAGGCCAUGGAUCGGCUGACCCAAGUGAACAUCCCCGGCAAGUACGCCGUUGAGCGGUAUCCGGCGCUCAAGUACGUGCCCAGCAUCUUUGCUCCUUGGAAGGCCCAGGUGCUCGAGCAGCGCAAAAAGGACAUCCAUAUGUACACGGGUCUUAUGGAAGAUGUCAAGCAAAGGUUGGCCGCGGGCACUCUACCAAAGUGCUUUGCCAAGAACCUCCUAGAUGAGCAGCACAACCUCGGGAUGACUGACCACGAGGUUGCUUACACCGCGGGCACUCCAUUUGGUGCAGGCGUCGAGACAUCGGCUGGCUCCCUCGCGAGCUUCUUGCUCGCCUGCGUCAAGUUUGGCGACAACUUCAUCCCAAAAGCCCAGGCCGAGCUCGAUAGAGUGGUAGGAGACGAUAGACUGCCGACCUUUGACGACCUGGCCUCCCUGGAGUAUGUGCGGGCCAUCGUCUCCGAAACCCUCCGCUGGCGACCGGUUGCCGUCCUCGGCGGCACUCCCCACGCAACCACGGCCGACGAUGUGUACAAGGGCAUGUUCAUUCCUAAGGGAAGCACCGUCAUUGCGCCGUUGUGGAGCAUCCAUCUCAAUGAAUCCGACUUCCCGGACCCCCACCAGUUCCAGCCCGAGCGCUUUCUCGAUCAUCGCGAGUACCCCGGUACGCUGGGCCACAGUGCCUUUGGCUGGGGCCGCCGCAUCUGUCCCGGUCUUCACCUCGGUUCGGCGUCGGUGGCCAUCAACAUCGCCCGGAUAUUGUGGGCGUUUGAGGUGAAGCCGGCGCUGAACGACAAGGGUGAGAAAAUUGAUGUGGAUAUCUUUGCUUUCUCGGACGGCUUCAACUCGAGCCCCUUGCCCUUUGAAUGCUCCAUCAAGCCGCGCUCGGAGGGACAUGCUCGUGUAAUUCAGAGGGAGUUUCAAGAAGCGCAGGCACUUCUGCAGCAUUACACAGCGGCGAACCGACUGUAAGGGUGGAGGAAGCUGGGCGGAGAAGCUCAGGGAUUGAACGGACUAAGAGUCCAGAUGAUCUUGUAUAUGGUGAAUGACUGGAAUAGGAUUAAAUACAGACUUCAAUAUCAAC